AUGCGGUACUUCUUAACCACCCUCUGCUGUCUGCUGACACUGACCAGUGCCUGGGGCAGUCUUCAUUUCCAGUCCCUGUCGGAGGAGCUGGUCAACUUUGUCAACAAAUAUAACACUACAUGGCAGGCUGGCCACAACUUCUACAACGUGGAUAUGAGCUACCUGAAGAGGCUGUGUGGCACCAUGCUGAAUGGACCCAAGCUGCCUCAGCGAGUUCACUUGGCUGAUGACAUGGAUCUGCCUGAUAACUUUGAUGCCCGGGACAACUGGCCAAAUUGUCCAACCAUCAAAGAAAUCAGAGACCAGGGUUCCUGUGGCUCUUGUUGGGCAUUUGGGGCUGUGGAGGCCAUCUCUGACCGGAUCUGCAUCCACACCAAUGCAAACGUCAAUGUGGAGGUGUCGGCAGAGGACUUGCUCACCUGCUGUCACAUGGAGUGUGGGGACGGCUGCAAUGGGGGCUUUCCUGCUGGAGCUUGGAACUUCUGGACUAAGAAAGGUCUGGUUUCUGGUGGCCUCUAUAAGUCUCAUGUAGGUUGCAGACCCUAUUCCAUCCCUCCAUGUGAGCACCACGUCAAUGGGUCCCGGCCCCAAUGCAAAGGAGAGGGAGAGACUCCUAAAUGCAGCAAGACCUGUGAGGCUGGCUAUUCCCCAUCGUACAAAGACGACAAGCACUAUGGGUAUAAUUCCUACAGCGUCCCUUCCUCUGAGCGAGAGAUCAUGACUGAGAUUUACAAAAAUGGCCCAGUAGAGGGAGCCUUCUCUGUAUACACAGACUUCCUGGUGUACAGGUCCGGAGUGUACAAACAUGUAACUGGAGAGGAGGUGGGGGGCCACGCCAUCCGUAUUCUGGGCUGGGGAGUAGAGGAGGGCACACCUUACUGGCUGGCUGCCAACUCCUGGAACACUGAUUGGGGUGAAAAUGGUUUCUUUAAAAUCCUCAGAGGAGAAAACCACUGUGGGAUUGAAUCAGAAAUUGUGGCUGGAAUCCCACGCACUGCUCAGUACUGGAAUAAGAUCUAA